UAACAAUAAUAUGGUAUAGCAGGAUAAUACAAUCCUUCAGACUUUUAUGCGUAACUCUAACGAUUACCUUGAAAAAGAUAUUAGAUUACCUACUUUGACGCUUUUGCUAUAAGCUUUGCCCCUGCUGUAGGUUUUCGCCACACAUGAUACUGUAUUACAUAUUUGACUGCUAAAUCGAGUAAACCUUACAUGCAUUCUAUUAAUCAGUAAACAGCACGUCAUUUAGUUCAUACAUUGCUUAAUUUUCAUUAUAAAGACAUAUCAUAAGUCCUUGGUCAAUAUUGUAUAUAAAACAAUUUAAACGGAUAAUAUAUAGGUAUACGCCGGUCACAUUAAAUAUAUACCUAGGUAUAUACCAGCAGCUACUGUUCGUUUUUUUUUUUUUAAAUAUAAUCAAACAAGUUUAUCGAAAAAUGAAUUGUAUCAAUGGUAAAGAUAGAAUCAAUGAUCAACAAAAUAAUAAAAGAUGUAAACAAAAUGUUAUGGCAUCAAAUAGCUAUGCAGAUUAUCUACAACUUGACAAACUAUUAGAUUCUCAGACUAUGUUAAGCAUGCAAAAUGGUAAGGUGUCUUACGACGAGCAUCUCUUCAUAGUUACUCAUCAAGCUUACGAGUUGUGGUUUAAGCAGAUUUUAUUCGAAAUGGAUAUUGUUUGUAAAUUAUUAUCUGGUAAUCUUUGGAACAAUGAGCAGGAAAUGUUCAACAUUUUAAAGCGUUUAGGUAGGAUUUCAUCUAUUAUCAAGUUACUACUAGAACAUUUUGGAGUUUUGGAAACCAUGACUCCUUACGAUUUUGCUGAAUUUCGUGAUUAUCUAAAACCAGCAUCAGGGUUCCAGAGUCUUCAAUUCCGAAUGAUUGAAAGCAAAUUAGGAUUAAAAAAGGAAAACCGUGUCAAUUGCUGUAAAUCGUACACUGAUUGCUUUAAUGGUAAGAAAUAUGAUGAACUCGAACGGGCCUCGGCUGAACCUACCUUAUUCUCUUUGGUUUGCCAUUGGCUCGAAUCUAUCCCUACGUUAAAAGAUAAUAUUGUGUGGGACCAAUAUCGAAGAGCUGCAGAUCAUUGGUUAGAAAGAUCUACUGAGUCUGAUAUAUCUUGCCUGGAGAAACGCCGUAAGCUUAUGGAUACUGUGUUUAAAUGUGAUCAGCACAAACGCUUAGUCGACCAGGGGAAUCGAAAGUUUUCUCAUAUGGCGUUAAAGGGCGCCAUAAUAGUUUAUGCGUAUAGAGACGAAAAAGGGUAUACAUUGGCCAACAAAAUAUUAGAAUCAUUGGUGGAUAUCGAUACGCUUUUAUCAAAAUGGAGAUACAGUCAUUUCGUUAUGGUACAUAAGAUGAUUGGAUCCUAUAGUUCUGGCACGGGCGGUACUACUGGUUCAGAAUAUUUAAGAUCUACAUUAUGUGAUUCAUAUCGAAUAUUCAUUGACUUGGUCAAUCUACCAGCACUAACAGUACCUGCUAUAUACGUCCCGCCAUUAAUAAAACCACAAGGUAAAUAAAAUAAAACACUAAUUUUUAAUUAAAAAUAUAUAAUUUAUUGAAUUGUGAAUUAUAAUUGUAUUUUGGAUUUAAGAACUUUAAUAUAAAAUUAGCUAGUUUCUUUUA